ACUCACUGAGGCGCGCGGGGAGGCCAGCAGCUGUGCAGCAGGGCUCGGGGACCACGUCUCCGUAGCGGAACGCUGCACAAAAGGGAAGCUAAAGGCCAAGAGCAGAGGCACCUGAACCCGUAGGUGAUACAAAAGCAAGCUAUGGAAGAGCCGACUGCUUCAAAAAGAGAACUGGAGACCAUUUACAGCAAAAGAAUCAAACAAGAGGAGAAGCAGCAAUUUGAGGAGCCUAGGAAGAAGCUGAAGGUGAAACCAAAACCACUGAACACCUACCAACAAGUUGACUUUUGGUUCUGUGAGCAAUGUGAGGAGUAUUUUGUAGAGGAGUGCCCAAAUCAUGGCCCUCCUGUGUUUAUCCCAGACACUACUGUACCAGCUGGUGUCCCUGAUCGUGCAUUCCUUACGGCACCCUCUGUAAUUGAGAUUAUCCGUGAGCCUGGAGUGGAAACUGACACAUGCUGCAUUAGCAAGGUCAUCAAAAAAGGUGUCUUGUUUGGCCCAUAUGAGGGAGAGGUUGUCUCGCAAGAUAAGUCCACAGGAUUUUUUUCUUGGAUGAUUGUGGAUAAACAUAACCAUUAUAAAUCCAUCAAUGGUACUGAUGAGACUAAAGCUAACUGGAUGAGAUAUGUUAUGAUCUCUCGAGAGGAGAAUGAGCAGAAUCUGAUGGCCUUCCAGCAUGGAGAACAGAUUUACUUUCAGGCAUGCCGGGACAUCCAGCCAGGAGAGCGUUUACGUGUGUGGUAUAGUGCGGAAUACAUGAGCCGUUUGCACAGUAUGUCUCAGGAGAGCAUUGACCGUAACCUGGCCACAGGGAGAUUGAUUGCUGGAAAGGUAGAAGACCUCCCUGAACAUCAGGAAGAGUCCAAGGGAGCUGUCUUGCCAGCCCUUAGAACAACAAGACUGUCCAGUAAGCGGGCCAGUGAAGAUGGAGAUACACAGCAGGCAAAGAAAAAGAAAAUUGACCUAAUUUUCAAAGAUGUUUUGGAAGCCUCUUUGGAAGCCUCAAGGCCUCAGAUAAGGGGCAGAGUGCCUCCUAGGAUUAACAGUGUCUUUGAUAAGCCCAGUAUCAGUUCAGCAAUAAGCAGAGCAGACCUAAACUCUGAAAAUUCCAAUAAGGUAUCUGGCUUUGCCGUGAAAGGUGACAUUAUCCAGGCUGAAAUUGGACUUGACUUGAGCUGUGUCAAGGUAGAGAAUCAGGAGGAUGAUCUUGGGACAUCUUGUGAAGAAUUUUUGGAGGAGAGUCCUUCCACAUCAUUUUGCCCUAAUUGUGUUAAACUGAAGAAGAAAAUUAGACAGCUGCAAGCUGAGCUGGAUAGACUACGGUCAGGACAGCAGCCCGAACCAUUGAACUUGCCCUCUCUUCCUGAGCCAUCGCAGCUUGACGACAUGCGAGCUUCAGAAGCAGUGACUCCAGUGCCAGGCAUCCUGGAUGAAGAUGAUCAGGAUGUUGACUCUGCUGAUGAGUCAAUUGCAACAGACCUGAUGGUUAUGGCAGAUGAAGCCACUAAGACAUCCAGUGGUCCAGGGAGAAGAAUCCGACGAUUUAAACAAGAAUGGCUGAAGAAGUUCUGGUUCCUCCGCUACUCUCCAACUCUCAAUGAGAUGUGGUGCCAUGUCUGCCGUCAGUACACUGUUCAGUCCUCCAGGACUUCUGCUUUUAUCAUUGGAUCGAAGCAAUUUAAAAUUCACACUAUCAAGCUGCACAGUCAGAGCAACCUCCACAAAAAAUGUCUGCAGCUGUACAAACUUCGUAUGCACCCAGAGAAGACUGAAGAGAUGUGCCGGAACAUGGCAUUGCUUUUUAACACAGCCUAUCACCUUGCCUUGGAAGGGAGGCCAUUUUCAGACUUCCGCUCUCUUGCUGAGCUUCUAAAGAAGUGUGAGCUCAAAGUGGUGGACCAGUAUAUGAACGAGGGAGACUGUCAGAUACUAAUCCAUCACAUUGCAAGAGCUCUUAAAGAAGACCUCACUGAGAGGAUCAAGCAGUCUCCUUUCCUCAGUGUGAUCAUGGACGGACAAACUGAAGAGCUUCUUUCAGACACUGUGGCUGUGUAUGUACAGUAUACCACCACUGAUGGACCUCCAGCUACUGAGUUUUUGUCUCUUCAGGAACUGAACUCUACAAAUGCUGAUGGAUACAUUCAUGCAGUUGAUAGGGCUUUUAGCAUUCUUGGUAUGAGACUGCAGAAUGAACUGGUUGUGGGCUUGGGCUUUGAUGGUUCCUCCAUCUCUGCUGGGGUAAGGGCUAAUCUAUAUGUUGCUGUCAGGAAGACCUUGCCCUGGAUUCUGUGUCUACCUGUCAUGGUUCAUCGGCCUCAUUUAGAAGUUCUGGAUGCCAUAAGUGGAAAAGAGCUCCCUUGCUUGGAGGAGCUAGAGAACAACUUGAAACAACUACUCAGCUUUUACCGCUACUCCCCUAGGAUGCUAGCAGAGCUGAGGGUGGCUGCCCCCACCCUUUGUGAGGAAACUGAGUUUUUAGGUGACAUCCGAGCAGUCAGAUGGAUAAUUGGAGAACCAAACGUCUUGAAUGCUUUAAUUAAGGAUUAUUUAGAGGUGGUAUCUCACCUUAAAGAAGUCAGUGGUCAGACACAGAGAGGAGAUGCAGCAGCUAUUGCACUUACUUUGCUGCAGUUUCUCCUGGACUACCAGUCUGUGAAGCUUAUCUACUUUCUCCUUGACAUUAUUGCAGUGCUCUCCCGCUUGGCUUUUAUCUUCCAAGGGGAGUACCUGUUAGUUUCUCAAGUGGAUACAAAAAUUGAAGAGGCUGUCCAUGAAAUUGGAAGACUGGCAGACUCCCCUGGUGAAUAUCUACAAGAGUUUGAAGAAAACUUCAGGGAGAGCUUCAAUGGAAUUGAGCUGAAAAACCUCAGAGUGGCUGAAGCAAAAUUUCAGUCUAUUAGAGAAAAGAUCUGCCAGAAGACUCAAGUAAUCCUGCUUCAGCGAUUUGACUCACAAAGUCGUUUGGUUGUGAAAGCUUGUCAAGUGUUGGAUCUUGGAAUGUGGCCACGCAGUGCUGAAGCUCUGGUGGGCUAUGGUGAGGAAGACAUCCAGCUCAUCUUUGAGCAUUUGGAAACUCUCCCUUGUGUGUCACGGGAGAUGACCCGAGACGGAAAAGAUGCUAGGGGAAGCUUAGUAGUGGAAUGGAGGGAUCUGAAAUCAGACUACUAUAGCAUGACUGGCUUCAAAGAGGUGAUUGGUCAUGUCUGUAAAUAUAAGCAGCGCUUUCCCCUGCUCAACAGAAUGGCACAGAUUAUUAAAGUUCUCCCCACCUCUACAGCAUGCUGCGAUAAAGGCCGCCUGGCUUUGCAGAAAAUCCGACGGAACCACCGAUCUCGACUCACCCUGGAACAAAUGAAUGACCUGCUUAUGCUUUCUGUCAAUGGUCCUCCAAUUGCAAACUUUGAUGGGAAAAGGCCACUGGACAGCUGGUUUGAGGAGAAGUCUGGGACCAGUUACUCUUUGUCUUCGGAACUGCUAAGUAGAAUGUCUUCAGGUGACUCGAAGCAAGCAGUGCAUGGGGUAGACCUCAGUGCUGAAUUUUAUCCUGACAUUUAGUGUGACAAUGCUGACAAAUCUAACAGGACAUCAUAAUACUGAUGAUAUAGUUUAAUUCAGACAUACAAGGAUCUUGUAGUAUCCUGUAAUCCAAUCAAGCACUUACUUAAUACUCAGACGGGGGAUGCCUUCCAUCCCCUCAGGAAUCUCCAGCUGUCUGGACAUGACAUAAAAUGCUGCAUGUCCCACUUCCCUGGUCAACAGGCUUCACAGGUGAUGUGAGUUUGAAUUGUCAUGAGGUUUUAGUUACCUCCGGUACCAGAAAUGAUAAACUCUCAAAUAUGUCAAACUGUCUUUCAGCAAACCAGUAUGCUGUGGCUAUCCUAUUGUUCUAGACUGUGUCAAAGAAUAGUGUGCAAAGUAAAGUGACUGAAGUGGCCCAGUGGUUUCUGGAAACCCCCCUUUCCCUACUUGUAAGAGGAGUAAUACAUAAAAACAUAUCCCUUGUUGACUCAGGGCCACCUUUAUGCUCUUUUCACCUAUUGAAGCAGGUAUUGUUUCCCUUUUCCUGAUGUCAGAUCUGAUUUUGGCCAUCUGGAAUAAUUGUGGCCUUCUACCUGCACGCUUUCAGCUUCUCCCCUGCAUUUUGUAUUGAGUCCUUUAGUUUGUGUGCAAUGGCUACAGUACCAAAAAUAGGUAGCAUGUGGCAUCUUAACAUGAUUAAACAGCUAUACAAAGUCAUUUUUUUAUUCCGUGGAAGUUAUACCCUGCAAAACAGAAGUCUAUGGUAUACCUGUUUGAUACACGCAUCUGCAUCCCUUCUUUAAGUGUGAGAGCUUGGCAUGCUGCAUUCGUUGUUGGUCUGCCACUCUGCCUGUCAAGCUGAACUAUAAGAUUUUAUCACCAUAGCUCCAUAUGUUCUAUGAUACUGAGAGUACUCAUGCCCAAGCCUUCAUUUCUUGGUUUUCUUGGUGCUGCUAUCAAUGUAGGCCAUUAUAGUGACUUCUUCUCUUUUUGUAUUCUAUACUUAUGUUGGGCAAGGUUACGAUAAAUGACAACAUCUGUGCGAUUAUGUCUGACUUUUUAAUUACGUUUUUCAGAUGAAACUGCCACGUGCUGUAGCCUGCACAAGUGGUGCACUUUUCUCACCAUUUGCUGCGUUCCUCUUCUUUUGUUUUUUUUUUUCAAAAAUGCUGUUGACGUUUUGACCCACAUGUUAUCAGAGAACCUGUAAGCAGGCUAAACAUCAGUUUUAAAUUUUGCACAAAUGUAAUUUAUAUUUUAUGUGAUAUUUUGCACUAAUUAAUAGCUGUUUUUGUUGUUCUCCAGCUAUGUUGUUUCCAGAAACAAUGUUUCUCAAACUAAGCCUUUGUGCACUAGACAAAAGUUCAUGACGCUGGUCAUCCAUAGGAGAAAAGAACAGAAAGGCAAAGGCUCAAUGCACUGCUGUCAGGCUUUUGUUCACAAUAAUGUUACCAACUGAGGCUUCUGAAGUGGAGAGGCGCAUACUGUUCUAUCAGCAGUGGGAUAUCUAAUAUUGCAGGCAGUGUUAAGGGGGGACAUACAGGGUGGCGCAGGAAAACGGGAAAUUUUCAAUUGACAUUCAAUGCAUAAAUAAACGCAUUACAAAAU